AUUAGAAUGUCACUAGUAGUGAAAGCUAUCGUGCAUAGUUUUGUCCUAAAUUCGAAUUAGCCAUUCAGAAAUGACCGGUAAAACUGUACAAAACACAACUGUCGUAUCUCAGUCUGUUUCAUUUGAGACAUCUGCCGGCGGCGAACAAGAGUUAAAUAACGAUGGCCGCUCCGCUGCUGAAAAACAGUUUCAGCGAGGACAGGAUGUUGAACCGGCACUUCACGAUGCCGAACCGAUUAUGCCCUUGCUGCAAGAAAAUCAUCGUAAAAAAUCCACUUAUCACGAAGACUAUACCGGACGACCUGGAGAAAAAAGGCCGUUGAUCAUUCAUGAAGCGAACUUUGUGCCACCAGACGAUUCCCAUGAGUUGUCUUCCCAUUACAACUCAGAAUUUACUGCAAAACCGAUCACUUAUGAUCGUGCGGUGCGUCCUUUCAAGCCGUACACUGUCCCUUCGCAGAAAAUCCGUCCGGUGUCGAAUUACAAAGAAGACUAUACGUACUUUAGCGACCGUAUUGAAAAGCGAGAACCUAUAAAACCCCAGUCGGACUUCAUCCCGCCGAGUGGCCCACAACCGUUCGAGACUAAUUAUAAGGCGAUGUUUUGUGGAGAAAAUAAGGUUGUGGCUGAUCGGAUUCGGCCAGUUCCGAAAGCGGGAGAGAUAACACUCACCGAUGAACCAUUCAACGCGACGUCCAGUUAUCGCCAAGAGUUUGUCGCACAAGCCGGUCACCGUUUGCCACCUGUAAAGCCGACUUCUAGUUUUCCUGGACUAGCAGAUGGAACGAAUAAAACGCUGCCCAACAGCACUUACCACAGUGCUUUUAAAAUGCAGUCUCAGCCGGCGAUAAUGCAUCAAGCACGGGAACAUAAAGUCAGGGAAUAUCGCGCGCCAACAGAUAAAAUGACGGAAAGGUCACUGUAUGCGGACGACUUUCAGAAGAAAGCGGCAGAGAAAGUGGCCCCUAUUAUUCCCCGAUCCGAUUUUACACCGCCUGCUGACCAUGUAGAGCUGCAAACGGCUUACCAGGACACCUACAACAGGAGCAAGCCCAUCCAAGUUGACCGAAAGAAAGGACCUUCGAAACCAUACACAAAACCACAAAUAAAACUUGAAGGCCAAUCGACAUAUGUAAAAGAUUUUGCGCACAAAGAAAUCGUUCGCAGAUUGCCAAUUAUUCCGCAUCCAGAAUAUAUUAUGCCAAAGGAAGAAACAAAAUACGAAUCAAGUUAUGCCUCAGCUUUUGCCCAAAAGCCGUUAAACCAUAUGCAUGAAAGACACGUCAGACCGCGUAAGCCGUACCUGGACCCAACAGAAAAAAUGGACUCUCUUUCGACAUACGGCAACGAUUUCCAGGCAAAGGCCACUUUGCCGGUCACGAAAGUUUUGCCUGUGAAAAACUCUUGGUUCAAAAUGGAUUAUGGGGACGACUACGGUUUACUACGGUCGGAGUACAAGUCUCGUUUUUCUUUGACCGCUAACACGGCUCCGGUUAACACAAACCAAAUUCCAGUUGCAUCUUCCUAGAAAUUGAGUAUUUUGAUUAAAUGCGCUAAUUGCAUAAAAGUAUUAAAAACUGAUGCUGCUUAAAACUGGCGAAACAAAACAGGCGACGGUUACCGAAUGGUUGCACAGCAACGAUAAAAGAAUGCCUGUUAUCUGAAACAGUAAAAGUUAUUUUUAUUAAUACUUACCACUUACUGUUUUACUGCUGCUCAAUUCUAUAAAGUGUGUAAGUAGUAGUUAGA